ACGCUAGACAGGCCUAGUGCUCGACUGGGACCUGGACGGUGGCCCGUGAAGGACAAUAGGCUUGCUGAGCGGAGGAAAGGUUUUGCUGGGAGUGGGAAGCAGCUGCUGUACCCAGGAGUCGGAGAGCGACGGGUUGUGGGGCCAUGGCGGCAGCCUCUGCGGUGUCCUUGCUGCUUUUGGCGGCAGAGAAGAACCGGUGGCUGCGAGUCCCGAGCCUGCUGCUGCCGCCGAGGAGAUGGACUUGGAAGCAGAGAUCCAUGAAGUAUUCAACAACCACAGGACAAAACAUUGCCAAGGUCCUCAUUGCAAACAGAGGAGAAAUUGCUUGCAGGGUGAUACGAACAGCCAAAAAAAUGGGAAUACAGUCCGUGGCUGUUUACAGUGAGGCCGACAAGAAUUCCAUGCAUGUAGACAUGGCAGAUGAAGCAUAUUCCAUCGGCCCCGCUCCCUCCCAGCACAGCUACCUUUCUAUGGAGAAAAUCAUCCAAGUUGCCAAGAUAUCUGCUGCUCAGGCUAUCCAUCCGGGAUACGGUUUUCUUUCAGAAAACAUGGAAUUUGCUGAACUAUGCAAACAAGAAGGAAUUAUUUUUAUAGGUCCCCCUUCGUCCGCAAUUAGAGACAUGGGUAUAAAGAGCACGUCCAAAUCCAUAAUGGCUGCCGCGGGAGUGCCUGUUGUGGAGGGGUAUCAUGGCGAGGACCAGUCGGAUCGGUGCCUGAGGGAGCACGCGGGGAGAAUAGGUUACCCUGUCAUGAUUAAGGCCGUCCGUGGUGGAGGAGGAAAAGGUAUGAGGAUCGUUAGAUCUGAAGAAGAAUUUCAAGAGCAGUUAGAGUCAGCACGGAGAGAAGCUAAGAAGGCUUUCAAUGAUGAUGCCAUGCUGAUUGAGAAGUUUGUGGACACGCCAAGGCACGUAGAAGUCCAGGUGUUUGGUGACUACCAUGGCAAUGCUGUGUACUUGUUUGAAAGAGAUUGUAGUGUACAGAGGAGACAUCAGAAGAUCAUUGAGGAAGCCCCAGGGCCUGGUAUUAAACCUGAAGUAAGAAAAAAGCUUGGAGAAGCUGCUGUCAGAGCUGCUAAAGCUGUAAAUUAUGUUGGCGCAGGAACGGUGGAGUUUAUUAUGGACUCCAAGCACAAUUUCUACUUCAUGGAGAUGAAUACAAGGCUGCAAGUGGAACACCCUGUUACUGAGAUGAUCACAGGAACUGACCUGGUGGAGUGGCAGCUUAGGAUUGCAGCAGGAGAGAAGAUUCCUUUGAGCCAAGAAGAAAUAACCCUGCAGGGCCAUGCCUUUGAAGCUAGAAUAUAUGCAGAAGAUCCUGACAAUAACUUCAUGCCUGGGGCUGGGCCUUUAGUGCACCUCUCCACCCCUCAGGCAGACCCUUGUACCAGGAUUGAAACUGGAGUGCGUCAAGGAGAUGAAGUUUCAGUGCAUUAUGACCCCAUGAUUGCAAAGCUGGUUGUAUGGGCUGCAGAUCGCCAGGCGGCUUUAACGAAACUGAGAUACAGCCUUCGUCAGUACAACAUUGUCGGACUGCAAACCAACAUUGACUUCCUUCUCAGCCUGUCUGGCCACCCAGAGUUUGAGGCUGGGAACGUACACACUGAUUUCAUCCCUCAACACCGCAAAGAACUGUUGCCCAGUCGGAAGGCCACAGCCAAAGAGUUUUUAUGCCAGGCGGCUCUGGGUCUCAUCCUCAAGGAGAAAGCUAUGUCUGAUGUUUUCAGAAUUCAGUCACAAGAUCAGUACUCCCCUUUUGCAUCCAGCAGUGGGAGAAGACUGAAUAUCUGUUACACCAGAAACAUAACCCUGAGGGAUGGUAAAAACAAUGUAGCCAUAGCUGUCACGUAUAACCACGAUGGCUCAUAUAGCAUGCAGAUUCAAGAUAAAACUUUCCAAGUCCUUGGUGAGCUUUGUAAUGAGGGAGACUGCACGUACCUGAAAUGUUCUGUUAAUGGAGUCGCUGGCAAAACUAAGCUCAUUAUCCUGGAAAACACUAUUUACCUAUUUUCCAUGGACGGAAGUACUCAGAUUGACAUUCCAGUCCCCAAAUACUUGUCUUCAGUGAGCUCACAUGGAACUCAAGAAGGUGCCGUAGCUCCUAUGACUGGAACCAUUGAAAAGGUAUUUGUGAAAGUCGGAGACAAAGUAAAAGCUGGAGACUCUCUGAUGGUUAUGAUUGCUAUGAAAAUGGAGCUGACCAUAAAGGCCCCAAAGGACGGCACGAUCAAGAAAGUGUUCUACAAAGAAGGUUCUCAGGCCAACAGACACGCUCCUUUAAUCGAGUUUGAGGAAGAGGAAUCUGACAAAAGAGACACAGAAUAAACGCCAUCAAAGAAAUAAAUACCUAAUUAAGCAGUAUCUUAAAUACAGUAUCUCUGCACCAAAAAGAGAAAGUGCCUUCCUGCUUUUCUCGGAGUCUAAUAAAUAGCAGUUUUACUAAAUGAUUGUACAAUUAGGCUAAUCUUUGAGAAUCAUGUACUUGGGUCACAAACACAAUAAAUUAUCUCAAAAUAUUUCAUACUAAUAAAUUGAAUUAUACUUUUUUAUUGGAAGCUAA